CUCCGCUUGGUCGAAUUACCCAUAAAGGAACUCACUGCAGGGUCUCCCGACCCCACCUCGACGAGAUACUGCUCAUUCCCUUCCCGUCGCCUGGACGGUGGCGGCUGCUGCCACCAUGCUGAGGCGAGAUAUCAAAAUUGCGGGAGAUACGAGGGUCAUCAAGCACAGAUGGCUCACGCACGCCAAGGGCUACCAGCUGACCUCCACGCUGCUGAAGAAGGGCACUGAGACUGCGGCUACCAAGGCAAUAGGCUCUGUGGUGGAUGACCUCGAGGGCGUUGUACAUAUGGCCCGAGAGCAUGUUGAUGACGUCCGAGAACGGGCUACUAAACGUCGCAAGAAGAAACCGGAAGGAGCCGCCACCAGAUUUGCUGCCGCUGCUGCGGUGGCUGCUGCUGCUGCCGAACGAGGUCCAAGGUUAGGAGCCGAUGCACGUCUCGCUCGCUCCGAUCCGCUUGAGGCGCUUCUUUUCAGCGGACCGAGGAGAAGCCCACAACCCACGACGACUCGUCCACGACAACGGCAAACGGCUAUCGACCGGCACCACGACGGGGUGAAGCAGAGCGUGUUAGAGGAUGAUGUGUUGAAGGAGGAGCUGAGGGAGUUACUGUGUGUCGGAGAACUUGGAGAGGCAGCGGCGACGAAGGCUGCUGUCGAUGCGGAGAACAUUCACGCACUGGUCGCCUCUAUAGAGACGCUGAAGCUACUCUCCCACAGCAACAUCGGCCGCGCUGCCUACAACACCGUCAUUGCCGCAGCUGCUGGAGCGGAGCACACGUGCGAUCCUGAUGACCCUUGCACCCCGGAUGAGCCGUGCGCACCUGCUGAGCCGCAGGGUGCCGUCAGCCUUGCCGCGUGAGCAGAGGGUCUCGGUGUGAG